UCGAUCAUAAUCCCUUGGGUUUGGCUGCAGCACGGCCUCGGGAUAAACUGUCAUGUAGGCUCUGGACCUCUGAAAAUGCUACUUGGACUUUUAUUUUCUUUUGAUUUCCACAUCAGCCUUGUUUAGAUGUUACUUUUUAUUAAGGACAGAGCAAGUUCUGGUUCAACAUGUCGCACUGUGCAAAUCAGGGAAGGUAACAGUCUGUCAGCGUGAGGCCUUAACAGAAGAUCUGCAGUUUCUCCUGACACCUGGGAUCCAGGCGGAUUAUGCCGCUCUAGCUGACAGCUUGAGCUACAACAGCGUUCUACAAGACAAGAGUCCCUUUUCACACUGCAGGAACCAUGAAUGACCCCUAUCAGAACAAUGUGAACCAGCAGAUGACUGAGGCUGGAGAGUACACCUACACCCAAGACGGAGGAGGUCCGGAUGGAUACCCUUAUCAGACCGACUACCCCCCACAGGAGGAGGAUGCAGCCAGCGAUGCCACCGAGGGGGCAGAUGAGGAUGAUCAGAUGUAUGAGGGGGAGUACCAGGGCAUCCCCCACCCCGAUGAGAUCAAGGAGGCGAGGCGGGCAGCCCGGCUGGAGGCCAAGAGGAAAGCACGUCUGACUGCACAGCAGGAGGAGGAGAACCUGCCAGAGCAGUACGAGACCAUCAUGGAGGACUGUGGUCACGGACGCUUCCAGUGGAUGCUCUUCUUCGUGCUGGGCCUGGCGCUGAUGGCCGAUGGCGUAGAUGGCUUUGUUGUGGGUUUUGUCCUGCCCAGUGCUGAAAAGGACAUGUGCAUAUCCAACGCUAACAAAGGACUGCUGGGUCUGUUGGUGUAUGUGGCCAUGAUGGUGGGUGCCUUGGUGUGGGGGGGUCUCUGUGACAAGAUAGGAAGGAGGAAAUGUCUGAUCUACGUCCUGACCAUCGACCUGGUCUUCUCCUUCCUGUCCUGCUUCGCUCAGGGCUACGGCUUCUUCCUGUUCUUCAGGUUCUGCUCCGGCUUUGGGAUUGGCGGAUCCAUCCCCAUUGUGUACACCUACUUCACUGAGUUCCUGCAGAUGGACAAACGUGGAGAACAUCUGAGCUGGCUCUGCAUGUUCUGGAUGCUGGGAGGUCUGUACGCCUCCUUCACCGCCUGGGGAAUCAUUCCUCACUAUGGCUGGGGUUUUGCCAUUGGAACGCAGUUUCAGAUGCACAGCUGGAGGCUGUUCAUUCUGGUGUGUCUCUUCCCUGCACUGGCGGCACUUAUCGGAGUCAUCUUCAUGCCAGAAAGUCCACGUUUCCUGCUGGAGAAUGCUCGACACGACGAGGCGUGGAUGAUCCUGAGAAAGGUUCACGACACCAACUGGAAAGCCAAAGGAGAGCCAGAGAGAGUGUUCACUGUCACCAACAUUAAGACUCCACAGACUCAGGAAGAUGAUUUCAUAGAGAUCCAGAGUGACACUGGGACAGCUUUCCAGCGCUGGACUGUCAGAAAAAUGACCAUGUUGCAGCAGGUGAUGGCCAACGUCAUGUCUUUAUCUGCUCCAGAGCUCCGACUGCAAGGCCUCCUCCUGGUCAUCGUCUGGUUCUGCUUGGCCUUCAGCUACCAUGGGCUGGGAGUGUGGUUCCCUGACAUGAUCAAGUACAUGCAGUACGAAGAGUACGAGUCCAAGGUCCGAGUGUUUCACCGAGAACGCGUAGAACGCUUUCACUUCAAUUUUUCUCUAGUCAACCAAGUCCAUCGGGAGGGAGAGUACAUCCAUGACAAGUUUGCAAACAUUGAGUUCAAGUCUGUGAAGUUUGAGAAUUCCCUGUUUGAGAACUGCUACUUUGAAGACGUCAAAUCAACUAACACUUUCUUUGAGAACUGCACCAUCAAAAACACUGUCUUUUACAACACAGACUUGUGGCAGGAAAAGUUCAAAAACUGUCGAAUGGACAACACCACCUUCCUCCACCCAAAGAAAGGCUGCCAUUUAAACUUCCAGGAGGAGAACGACAUAGUCAUCUACAUGGUCAGCUUCCUGGGCAGCUUGGCCGUGUUACCUGGUAACAUCAUCUCAGCAUUGUUCAUGGACAAGUUAGGAAGGAUCCGAAUAAUAGGUGGGUCGAUGCUGGCGUCUUCAGCCUGCACCUUCCUGCUGCUGCUGAGUUUUAGCCAAGGAGUGGUUAUAUGCUGGCAGUGUCUGUUUUACGCCGUCAGCGUGGCGGCCUGGAACGGACUGGAGGUCAUUUCUGUGGAGCUCUACCCCAGCUCAAAGAGAGGAACGGCGUUCGGUAUCCUGAACGGGAUCUGUAAAUUUGCUGCCAUCAUCGCCAGCUUUAUCUUUGCAGCCUUCAUCGGCAUCACAAAGAUCAUCCCGAUCUUCCUGGCCUUCGUCGCCUUGGUCUGUGGAGGUCUGGUGGCCCUAAAGCUGCCAGAGACCCGGGAGAAAAUCCUCUGCUGAAAAGCCAAACUUCCUGGGGCUUGGGAGCCCCAGACAAGGACACAUAGCUAACAGGGGGGCGGGGGAGAGCUCUGGGGGGACGGGGAAUGAGAUGGAAGCUCAGUUGUGUCUGUCCGGUUGCCUACACCUGUGGCAGCUUUCUGUUAAGCUCCUCGGGCUGCCCAGAGUUUCUGUCACUUCCUACAAAACAUCCCAUCCUGUGUGCACACAGAGUAGAACCAUCUGGUUGAUGUAAAAGAUUAAAUGUGUUUGAAUGGUUUGUAGUUCAUGUUACCAUGUCGUGCUUUGAUUUCAUUCCCUCUAAGAGAGACGAGGAGGACGUUCCGUGUUGAUUUGGGUUCUAAUGGACUCUGCUCAACCAACCUUCAGUUUUUUUCCACAUGUCUUUGGUGUCUGUAGGUGUUGUUUGAUCUUAUUAGAUAAAAAUGAUUAAUCAACCAGUUUAUUGAAGGUAGAAAGUUUCUGGUUUUGGUUUUAUUCUUUUCUAAAACGUUCACCUCCAUCUCCAUCUGGUCCAAAUUCAGCCACACACAGUUUUUCUUUUGGUCGUAUCGUUGUUCUGAGACUUGUGUAGCUGUUGAUGAUGUAGUAUCAGAGUAUUUAUCCAUCACAUCUGUCUGCCACAAAGGGAAAGGAACCGUCUUUCAUUUGUUUUUUGUCUUUUUCUAAAAAUAAACACCAAACCUGUGAGACAGAGAAAACUGUGAUAUUCAGUGUUUUUGAUAUGAUGCUUUCAUUUUAACUCUCUGAUGAAGAACUGAUCUGCAGAACUUGUUGCAUUGGUAACGUGCGUGUGUGUGUGUGUGUGUGUGUCUGUGUGUGUGUUAUCAACACCCCUGUGAAUUCACUGAGACACAACAGUCUGUGGAUCAUUACUGUAUUUGUUGUUGUACAUCUAGGUUUGUUUGUAGUAGCUGUACCAUAGUAGCUGCAUCAUGACUUGAAUAAAUUGGAGGGCUCCUGA